AUGAGAGAGUUUGUUCUUGCAAGCAAGGAUUUGGCUCAGACUUCCUAUUUCAUGGCUACCAACAGUUUGCACCUCACCACCUUCUGCCUGCAGUACAGGCCCACGAUUGUUGCGUGUGUCUGCAUCCACCUGGCCUGUAAGUGGUCCAACUGGGAGAUCCCAGUGUCCACAGAUGGGAAACACUGGUGGGAGUAUGUGGACCGCACUGUAACACUCCAGCUGCUAGAUGAGCUAACCCACGAGUUUCUUCAGAUUCUGGAGAGGACGCCCAGCAAGCUGAAGAGGAUACGAAACUGGAGGGCUAUCCAAGCAGCUAAGAAACCAAAGACCGAAGGCGUGACUGUGGACAGUGCCUUCCAGGGGACGUCUUUAGAAAGUCUUCCUGACGUCUCCAACUCCUUCUUCCCGUCCAUCUUGACCUCAGAUUCUACAGAAAUGUCCACCCUGAACUCCAUCACGGGCCCCUAUUCCUUGUACCAGCCUCUCAGCGAACAGUCAAAGUCUUGUAGCUACGACCAGUUCUCCCAGCCCCCGCACUCGGACUUCAUGCUGGUCAAACACAAAGCUGCAGCCGGCUCCAGCGGCGAACACCAGCAAGCCGGUGUGAACGCCACUGCCUUUUCCCGAUCGCAGAAAGUCCUGACUCUAGAAAAGUACCGGGAGAAACACGCGGCAGAGCUGGCCUUGCAAAAUGGCGUAAAGGAGGAGCUAAGCGCGGACAUCUACGCCGCCCCCGCCGUGGCCUCGCACCACCGCAGGAAACGCUCUCAGCCACAGCAGGCUGCCCAGUCUGGGGACGGCAGGAAGGAGAAGAGCUCCAAAAAGCCCCGACACGCACCGUCCUACGUAGAAAACGGCUCCGCCUCUAGCGAGGAGUUCAAAAUGCGAAUCAAAGUUUCGUCGGAGCAGGGCGGGACUCUGUCCGGCAAAGACAAGCACAAAGAGCACAGUGGCCACCACCACUCCAAACACUCGUAUCCCCUCAGCGGACACAGCAGGGGGGCCGUAGACAAUGCCUCCUUUUCUGUUCGAGCUCCCAGCAGCCACUGCACCAACGGGAGUUCGUCUAGCUCGUCUCGUAAGAGACAGCACUCAGACGCCGGCGGCCACCACCACUCAUCUAAGAGCAGCAGGUCCUCCAAAGGAGGCCUGAGCUCGUCUCACUACCCAUCUGACGGUGGCCAGAGAGUGAUGGAGCUCCACGAUGGAACGAACGGGAUGCUAAUGUCCAACGGCCAACACACUGACUACAAAAACACCUUUGACAUGCUGGACUCUUUACUAAGUGCCCAAGGAAUGAACUUGUAACUCUGAGUUCUUAGAGCGAUCUAAGAUAAAGUAUUACCACGUUUCAUAGAGUUUAAAAAGUGAUUUUAUUUGUCUUAAGUUAUCUGAAUUCUGCUCCACCCUCACCACACACUGACUUCUGAUGAUUCUUGUGAAAUCUUAGAGCCGUGUACUUUUACUUUGCAACGCAAUCAGUCUUGUAUGAAGAGUUGUAAGAACGCAGUUUAGGUGAGAGAAAAAUGUUCUUUCGAGAAAAGCUGCCAGAUUUUAACGUGCAUGUUGUUGGUCACAAAAAGGAAAAAGGUUUUUAACAGUUCAUUUUGUUUAAAAAAAAAAUCAUCUCAGGUCUCAACUUUUUUUUGUAAGAGAAAUCUUGUGGAGAAGUUUCACCACAUCAGUUUGUGGCCGAGCAUUUGAAUCAGACUUAAAAAAAACAAACCACGGUCUGCUUUCUUCCUAGAGUGCGUCGAUCGUUUGCAACAAAUACGACCGUGACGCCGACUGCAUUUGCUGUUACAUCGUCUAAAAGAGCCACACUCGCAGGGGUUCCCAACGUUAG